AUGGCGGAUAUUCCAAAAUCAGUAAUACAAAAAUUAAUGUUAUUCACAGCAUUAAUGAUAAUAUUACCAUUAAUUACAUUUUUUUCAAUACAAUUUUUUACAAAUAAUUCAAUAAUAAGUGGUGGAUUAAGUGCAUUAGUUGCUAAUUUAGUAUUAAUUGGUUAUAUAAUUGUUGCAUUUAUGGAAGAUAAUUCUAAAAUUCAAGAAGAAAUUAUGUUGGAAGAGAAAAAGAAACAAUUAUAG